CAAAAGAAAAAAUUCUACAUUUACCCUUACCCUAAAAAUGGCAGCCUCCUUGGUGAGGCAAGUGUCUCUAGAAUCAAAUCGAUUUCUCUUCUCGUCUUCGUUAGGAUUGCCAGCAGUGACAUCAGUAAGACACAAAUCCAAAAAGAAAGGAGGAAAGUCGAAAAACCUUGGAGGCAAAAGGGCCACAGUUGGAAAAUCUUACGGCAUAAAAAGAAAUGAUGGCAAUUUUGUUCACAAGGGAGAAAUAUUAGUCAAUCAGUGUGGGCUGAGAUUCUAUCCAGGAGAAAAUGUGGACACAGACAGGACAAAUCGUCUGAUUGCUCUGACCGACGGUACAGUGGUUGUGUCGUGUGAGAAACUCUAUCCCUACCCAAACAGCCCCCUCUAUAGACCAGUACAGGAUGGACUUGAAAUUUACAAAAAAUUCUUUCAUGUUAUCCCAAUACCUCUAAAAGCUAAAUUUAAACUUGUAUCAGAGACAUAACCAUUGCAUUAAAUACUGUUAGAUUUAUUGUAUAAGUAUAAAAUGUUAUACAGUGUAUUAGAAAAUACUGUUUUUAUAAAUAAAGUAAUUUUUUUUAAAAA